GUUCUUUGAAGUUUGCUGAAUGCGCUGUUCUUUGAGCUCAUUUUCUUUCGUCAGCUGCCCCUAGAGUCAAUCUGCAGGAUCUCAGCAUAUUAGUAUAGGAUUGUCAUUCUUCAAGGACGGCAAACACUUUGUUUCCACACAUAUGAGGAUUUGGGGGUGAAACGGCGGCAGAACUUGAAUACUGUACCACGGCAGAUUAUCUCCUAUCAAUGCACCGAAAAUGGCUCUCAAUGCUGGCGGCCAAUUGGUUAGGACUCAUGAUUGCUCCAUCCUAAAAAUUGCUGGUAGCAGAGUAAGUGAAAACGGCUCGAAUACAAGAGGGCUUCGUUUGAAUAGCUCAAUCUCCCCUCAGAAUCAACACCACUGCUGUUACGCCCCAAAAAUCUCACCCUCUGGUGUGGCAAAUCUGCGCACUGCGCCGAUUAACAAUGCUAAGCGUCCCAAGCUCGACCGCCAUCACCUCCAAAAACAUGCAUUACUGCGCACCGGCUUUGCACAAAAGAACCGUCUAUUUCAAAAGCACGAGCAGAAACCCAAGUUCCCACCGCGCAACCCAGUCCCGCCUCGCGCGCUUCUGAAACCCUUCAUCUCCCAGGCCGCCACUGACAAAACCAUCCAGCUGCCCAUCAAUUACUACCAGGCGCUCCAAGCCGACAAGUCAUCGCUGCCCGAGAAGAUUGUGAGGGCUUAUGAGGCUCGAGUGCGUGAGGUGCCGGGGGAUGGGGCUCCGUACAGCAAGUCGGCGCUGGCGGCGCGAGAGGAACUUUUGCUGAUUGCGCGCAACUUGCUGGUCAAUUCGGACGCUCGGCGCAGCUACAACAUCGCUGUCCAAAACAACGACGUAGGCCUAGUCGAAGUGCCGUGGUCGCAGCUGCCAGGGGCGCUCGCACUGCUGCAGGAGGUAGGCGAGGAGGAGGUGGUUUUGGAGGUGGGGCGGGCGGCCCUGGCGGAGCGCCCCCCGAACCGCGUGUUCAAGCAGGACGUGAUCCUGGCCAUGGCCCUCUCGCUCACGGAGCUUGCGCGCGAAGCCGUGAACGAGACGCCGGCCCCGUUCGCGACAGCGUGCGAGAUGCUCGAGCGAGCGCUGGAGUUACUCAAGGAGGAAGGCGGCAAGGGCUUUGCCGUUGAGCUCCAAGAGCGCAUCGACACGUCCCUCGCGAGCCUCGCCCCCUAUUGCGUCCUCGACUUACUGGACAAACCCCUAGACCCCGCGCACGCGCCCGCGCGGAAAGAGGGCCUCACGGGGGUGCGCGAGCUGCUCGCCGCGAUGGCCGAGCCCGAGAGCCGCUGGCGUCACCCUGACGUCAUGUCGCGCGCGGACUUCGCCGAGGCGGCGUUCGCGCGGAUGACAGCCGCGGAGCAGGUGGUUCUGUACAAGGACCGGCCGUCCGACCCCCCCCCACCUUCCCAGAGCUCCUAG